AUGUCUCCUCUCAAUUAUCUCCCGCUCCUCUGCUGCCUAGGAAACGCUUUGGCAUCUCUGACGUAUCCGGCUCAGGAUGAGUCCUCUCCAAUACUGCAAGACCGCUCAAUUGAUAAAUGCGUCGACUUCAAGAUCAUGGCUCUCGGAGCCUCGGUCACUUGGGGUACGCACUCGACUACGGGCAAUGGCUAUCGCGGACCAUUGGAGAAAUUGAUAUUGGCUGGCGGCAAUAAUGUUGCUUUUACUGGUACUCGCAACAAUGGACACAUGGCCGAUAAUGCCGUCGAAGCAUAUCCUGGAUACCUAAUCAGCGAGGUCCAGGCUAAGUCCAACAGCUCUGGAUCUUACGAUUACCAACCCAACGUUGUUAUAAUUCAUUUGGGCACAAAUGACUGUAAUUUACAUUUCGACACGGACAAUGCGCCAACCAGAAUGGUUAAUCUGGUCCAAAACCUCACCGCUGCAAUCCCGGAUGUAGUAGUCAUCGUCUCGAGUCUCAUUCCCAAUUUGGUGGCAGAUGUCGAAACCUGCAUCCUAUCAGUGAACAGUGGAUUCAAGACGGAAAUGGCAACACUAGCAAACAGCGGCGUCAAGGUCCUCUACGCUGACAUGCACAGCGCCGUUCCAACAAGUGAUAUAAACCCAGUCGACGGAACACAUCCCAACGACGACGGUUACCAAAAGAUGGCCAACGUGUGGUAUAAAUCUUUACGUAACGCAGCCAAGCUUCUGUCGGCUCCGAAUGCAGAGGGGAAAACGGGUUUCGUGCAACCUCAAUCUAAAGUCCCAGCAUGCGCCGGUGCCGUCUCGACUUCUGGAAGUAGUAGUAGUACAGUUUCCCCGAGUGCAGCUGCCUCAAGUACAGAUAUAAAGCUCCUCAAUUGUGGUUCUGAGAGCAAAUGCUCUACCAUGGUAUCUCCAAGUGGUGUUUCUUCGGAUACAUCUACCCAGAUCUUCUCCAAAUACCGUUACGAGUGUGCCGUAUAG